AUGACCAGCGCCCACGCGUCCACAGCUUCUGGCAGCCCGCAUGACGCCGAUGCUGCCUCCCGAAAACGCAAAUCUAGAAGUUCGCCAGUGGAUUAUUCAUCUCAAAUGGGAAAGUCUGGUGGCCAGAAUUCCAACGGCGACAAUCUCCUGCCCAGAAAGAAGAUAAAGGUAGAAGAAGAACACACUACCGAAAUCACACGGGAAGAAGAGUUAGUCCUGCUCAUUUCAGGCUAUAAUUUGGCUGCCAAUGAGUUGUUCCAACUAAAGGAAUACGGCUCUUUGGUUGAGUGGAAUCCUUCAGACUUCUCCUCUGCAGCGAACAGCCAAAUUCCAGAGAUAUUCCAGUAUUUCAUCGAACAGAAUCGUUACAAGUUGAUUUGGGACGAGGAUUCCAUGGAGAACAUGGAUAGCAUGCCUUUAAGACUUCAAAAGAAAAAACUCCAAGAACGUGAAGAAAUGCUUCGAAAAAAGUAUCCGUUUAUGGACGAGGUCAACCAAAGAGCUGCUGAGGUAGAGCGUGAACUUCUAUCGUUUGGACUCAAAUCCAUCAAAUCUGAACCGAAACAUGCUAUCAAGGCAAAACCUGUGAAAAGUAAGUCGAAGUCAGCCAGAAAACUGGACACUCCUGCAGAACUUGAACUCGAUGAAGAGUUAGAUGAAGAAAUCUUGGAACUGUACUCGGAUAUCGACACAAACUACAAACUCAAGGAUGUGGUCUAUACCAUUCCUCCACCUAUAGUUACACAUCCUUCGCAUAUUCCAUCGUGGCGUCCUCAAGAUCAAAGUGAGAGUGCUAUACAUGGAGAGGCAGAAAACACUCAUCACGUCUUAGACUACGACUUUGAGCCCAUCAAGGUCAUUUCCACGAAGAAGAAGCCAUUUCUGGUUCCUCAGAUCGAGGCCAAGAUCAGUGACUUCGUCAAAAAUAAGUUCCAGGCCGCCAUUGUGGAUGAUGGUGGAGUGGAGUACUCUAAUACACCAGAAGAAUCCCGGGCAAUUCUAGAUCAGCAGCGUCACAUGCUAGAACGUUUAUACCACAAGAUUAUGGUGGAAGAGAGGUUUGAGUUGAAUGGAGAUAAGAUAGAGCGGCGCAAAGUCAUUUUGCCUAAUGUUUCUGUCAAGAUGACCGAUCCUUUCCGUGACACCGGUAGUAUAGUACCGAAGAUUCAGGGUGCAAGCAACGACCAAACCUACCAAGACCAUUUUAUAGCACAAGGCAUGGCGUACUCCAAGAUUUGUCUCCAUUACCGGAAACAGCGCAUUGCUAGAGUUAAAAAGAUUGCUCAAAUGAUUGAGCAGCAUUUCAGAAAGAAGGCUGGUGAGAAGGAGAGAUUGGCUCGUGAGAGAGAGCAGAACUUGAGAAGAAUCAGCAGACUCGCUAUUCAAGCAGUUAAGAAGAGAUGGUCUCAGGCCAAUAAAGUUUACAGAGUGUUACAGAAUGAGAAGGAAGAGGAACUCAAACAGAUUGAGGGUCGUGAGCACUUGAGUAAAAUGCUCGAGCACUCCACCCAGCUCUUGGAAGCACAGUUGAAUCGCUCGUCUCAUGAAAACACCGAAGCGGAAUCCGCAGCCGAUUCUGCAGUUGACUCAGAUGAUGACAGUAAUGCAGAAGAUUCGGAGAAUUUCUCAAGCUCCUCUGAAAGCAAUGAUGAACAGAAUGAAGAAAACCAUACCGACAAAGGUGAUAACGAGCUCAGCGUAGAGGAAUUGAGAAAGAAAUAUAAUCUGAUGGAGUCAUCUGUUGAACCUACAUCUGAGAUGAAUGGUACGAACUCGGAACUGGGAGAUGAAUCACCACUGGGUAAUGGUGAUGGACUUGCUGCACUCUACGAAAACGGAGAAGUUAAGGCUCCAGUUUCUUUAGAGUAUACUGACGACCAGAAGAAGCUCAUUGAGAUUACAAAAUCCGAAAAGAAUGAAAUGCUCGAUUCAGAUGAAUUUUCCGAUUCCAUGUCGGACGAAACCUCAUCAUCAGACGAAUCGGAGUCGGGAGAAGAAGCCUCUGAAAGUGAGUCUGAAGUUGAAGUUGGUUUGAAUGGUUCAGGUCUUGCUGGUUUUUAUCAAACGAAGGAAGAUGUUGAAAUGGACGAAGCUGAGCAAUCAGAGAAGUCAACGGAGGAAGAGGAGGAACCUAAAACACCGGGUUCAGCAGAUAGCGAAAAGGAUGAAAAAGUUGAAGAAAUCAACGGAUUUAAAGUCAAAGACGUCCCAGUUCCUUCUCUUUUGAGAGGUACAUUGAGACCAUACCAGAAACAAGGUUUGAACUGGUUGGCUAGUUUGUACAAUAACAACACCAAUGGUAUCCUUGCUGACGAGAUGGGUUUGGGUAAAACGAUUCAGACUAUUUCACUUUUGUCGUAUUUGGCAUGUGAACAUCAUAUUUGGGGCCCUCACUUGAUUGUGGUGCCGACCUCGGUGAUGCUCAAUUGGGAGAUGGAAUUCAAAAAGUUUGCUCCUGGUUUCAAGGUGUUGACUUACUUUGGCUCCCCUCAGGAGAGAGCAAGAAAGAGAAAGGGUUGGAAUAAAAUGGAUGCCUUCCAUGUCUGCAUCACCUCUUAUCAGUUGGUCGUUCAUGACCACUCAUCUUUCAAGAGAAGAAGAUGGAGAUACAUGAUUCUUGAUGAGGCUCAUAAUAUCAAAAACUUCAGAUCUACACGGUGGAAAUCGUUGCUAAAUUUUAAUACUGAGAACAGAUUGUUGUUGACGGGUACACCAUUGCAGAACAAUUUGAUGGAAUUGUGGUCUUUGUUGUAUUUCCUUAUGCCUUCUUCCAAGGUAGACCAGAUGAUGCCUGAAGGAUUUGCAAACUUCGAGGAUUUCCAACAAUGGUUCGGAAAGCCUGUGGAUAAGAUCUUAGAGAAGACUAAUACGGGUGAUAUCAUCGACGAAAAUGUCACCAGUAAAUUGGACAAAGAUACAAGGGAUACAGUCGCCAGAUUGCAUCAAGUUUUGCGUCCCUACUUAUUAAGACGUUUGAAAAAAGAUGUUGAGAAGCAAAUGCCAGGAAAGUAUGAGCACAUUGUCUAUUGUCGUUUGUCUAAACGUCAAAGAUAUUUGUAUGACGACUUCAUGUCUCGAGCUAAGACCAGAGAGACAUUAUCUUCCGGAAAUUUCUUAUCCAUCAUCAACUGUUUAAUGCAAUUGAGAAAGGUGUGUAACCAUCCAGAUUUGUUUGAAGUUCGUCCUAUUGUUACAUCGUAUGCAAUUCCAAAAACGGUCACAAAUUCUUUCAAAUCAUACGAUGCAACAGUGAGAAAAUUGCUUUCAGACGUCACAGAUGAAAAGUCGAUCUCCUUUCCAGUAUUGAAUUUGGAUGUUUCCAACAAAGAGGAUAUGAACUAUUUUGCUGCCCAGUCUUGUGACCGUCUCAAGACUAACAAGAAAUUGGAGGAGCAAAUCGCAGAGUUGGAUAAACUCAUUGAGGACGGAAGAAGUGUCAAAAACCCCUCCCUUACAGACGUUUUGGAAAUUAACAGGUUUUUGAAGUUGGAGGAGCAAAUUGAUUUAAGAGAAAGACUCAAGCAAGCUCUUUACUUGAACACUUUGAGAUGCAGACGGGCACCAAUACAUGGAUGUUCCUUUUUUGAUUUUGCAAGAACGGCAACGAAAAAGAAUAAUUGUGAAACCUAUAACGACAUGGUUUUGAGUAUUCCACAAAGAGCAGGCAAAAUGAAGGAAGUGAUAGACAAAUAUGCGGUCAUUACACCUCUGGUUGUCACACUUGAUAUGAAGGAUCAAAUAAUUCCAAUCAGCACACAAUACAAAGUGCGUGAUGAGGUUUUGAAUGAAGAAAUUCAGAACCCUUUCCAUGAAGCUCAGGUGAAGUUGUCAAUUGCAUUCCCUGACAAACAGCUUUUACAAUAUGAUUGUGGAAAGUUACAGAAGUUGGCCAGUUUGUUGCAAGACUUGGUGCCCAAUGGCCAUAGAGCCUUAAUUUUCACGCAGAUGACUAAGGUGUUGGAUAUUCUUGAGCAAUUCUUAAACAUCCAUGGAUAUAGGUAUAUGCGUUUGGAUGGUGCAACCAAGAUUGAGGACAGACAGUUAAUGACUGAAAAAUUUAAUAGAGACCCCAAAAUUCCUGUUUUUAUCUUGUCCACCCGUUCUGGUGGAUUGGGAAUCAAUCUUACAGGAGCAGACACUGUCAUUUUCUACGAUUCGGAUUGGAAUCCCGCAAUGGAUAAGCAGUGUCAGGACCGUUGUCACAGAAUUGGACAAAGCAGAGACGUUCACAUCUAUCGUUUCGUUUCUGAGUACACGAUCGAGUCUAACAUUUUGAAGAAGGCUAAUCAGAAGAGACAAUUGGACAACGUUGUCAUCCAGGAGGGAGAUUUCACUACCGAUUACCUCGGCAAGUUUUCGGUGAGAGAUUUGGUGAAUGAUUCCUCUGCUAUAAUAGGCGACUUGCCUGACAAACCGAUUGGAGAGGACGCCAAUAUUGAGCUCCUUGCACAGGCCGAAGAUGAGGCGGACAGAAAUGCCGCCAGAGAAGCUAUGAAGGAGGUUGCAGUUGAUGACGAAGAUUUCAAUGAGGAGAGCAAGGCUUCAUCAGAGAAGCCUGAGAAAUCCAGCUUGGAUGACGAAGAUUACGACGCUGGUGUUGGGCAUAUUGACGAGUACAUGUUGCGGUACAUUGGAGAAGGAUAUUAUGUGGAAUAA